AUGGCCGCCCGUGACAGGCUCGCCGCCUUAAGGGCUCAGAGACAGCAGCAAGCGAACCAGGAUGGCACCGCCCCUCAGUACCAUGAGAUGACAGGGCUGCAGACCCCUAGUCCCAUCUCGCCGCCGACGAAUGGCAACGGGAAUGCGGAGACUGACCCAAUGACCAGGUUCUAUGCUGAGGUUUCGUCCGUUCAAGAUGCCAUCUCAGAGUUUAGUUCCAAUGUGGCGCGCAUCGGCGAGUUGCACUCGCGCUCCUUGAACGGUACCGACGACGCUGUGAACCAACAAAAUGCUGCUGCGCUUGACGAACUCGUUGGGAAGACACGCGUUCUCAGUAACAGCUUGAAGGAGCGGAUACAAUCAUUGUCGCAGUAUCCUACGCCUCGGCCACAGGAUGCGCGAAUAAGGGCCAACCAGACCGGAGUCUUGCGCUCAAAGUUCGUCGAGAUCCUGCAGAGCUACCAACAAGUAGAGCGGGACUACAGGGCGAGAUACAAGCAGCGGGUUGAACGGCAGUUCAAGAUCGUCAAACCCGACGCGUCACCAGAGGAGAUCGACGCUGUUGUUAAUAACCCCGAAGGUGGCGGCGACCAGAUCUUCGCGCAGGCCCUGUCGAACUCAACACGCUAUGGCGAAUCGAGACAAGCUUACCGAGAGGUCCAGGACCGACAAGCAGACAUUCUCAGGAUCGAAAGGACCUUAGAGGAGCUCGCGCAGCUGUUCAAUGAUUUGAGCGCGGUUGUUGAGCAACAGAAUGACGCCAUUGACGCCAUCGAAACUACUGCGGGACAAGUCGAGCAUAACACGGAAGCUGGUCUGCAACAAACCGAGAAGGCGGUGGUGCACGCACGCAGAGCCCGCCGCAUGCGUUGGAUCUGCUUCAUCAUUGUCCUCAUCUGUCUUGCUGUCGUAGGCAUCGUCGUCGGUGUAGUGGUCAGCAACAAUGUCAAGGCCAGUCAUAACAACAACAACAAGUAA